UUGUGCGCAAUAUAUAUAGAUUUUUUUUUACAAUGGAUGGCACUUUAGCUCUCCGAUCUGUCAAUAUAUUUUUCAGAGAGCUACAGUCCUACAGGUAUCUUUUCGUUUGUAAACCUUUGAUCCCCCAUUGUGAUACGAACCUAACCCCAGGGGUCAUCAUUUAAACAAAUUUGGAUCUACACUAUGUCGAAGUUUCAACUUUUUGGCAUAGUGGUUCUUGAGAAUUUAUUUUUUUUAAAAUGUGCCACCAAAUUGCCAUUAUUUCUUAAUCAUCUCCCCUUGAAUUAAGACAAACAGAUGGACUACAGACAAAAUAUGAUCAGAAAAGCUGACUUGUACUUUUAGUUCAGGUGAACAAAAAAAUUAUACAUGUAUAUUUAUAAGACAUUUAAUAUAUGGAAAAGAAAACAAGCAAUAUCCAACAAGAAAAUACAAUUAAAUUAAAUGUAUAAAUAUUCACAGGUUUUGUCAACUCUGAGAGUCCUGGCAAAAUGCGACUUUCAGUCAGAGGCAGCAGACAUACAUGGCAUUUCACAGCCAUCCGUCAGCAGGACCUCCAUGGAUGUCAUAGAUGCCCUUAAUUACAGUUUGAAGAACAUCACCUUCCCCUCUGGACAAGCUGAGAUUCUUCAGAUCAAGGAAGAUAUUUUGAAAGUGUCCAACUUUCCGAAUGUAGUCGGAGCCAUUGAUGGCACGCUAAUUCCCAUCAUUGGAAUGUCUGGGGACGACGAGCACGUAUUUGUGUCUCGGAAAGGAUUUCAUGCCAUCAACAUGCAGGGCAUAGUUACAGCUGACCUGAAAUGUCUGCACAAAACAGGAGGAGCUUUGGCAUACGCCCCUGCAAAGUGUGUCAGGAUUAUUGAAUGCUGUUGUCGUCUUUACAACCGAGCCAUUGAAGAGAAGCUUCCUACACCAGUGGCAGGACAAGUCGCCAUCUAUUCCAACAAUCACACUGUUAAUACACAAAAUAUUGCCAGUGCUGUAAAUAUCAGAAACAUCAUUGUAAGAAGACUAUAG